AUUAGACUCGACGCUGUCGCGUUAUCGCUUUUAUUUUUGCAAUUACGUCUCAGUUUUUUUCGUACCCCAACGGUGUUGACGUUUUACCAGAGAAAAACAUACAUGUGCGUAUGUUGAUAUAAAUACAAAAUAUAAUAAGUCAUGGAAAAGAAGACCGAUGAAACGAAGCAGCCCUUAGAGAUCUUGGUUAAAGUGCCGCUGCAGACUGAAACUCGGACGAAAGAAGAGCCAACAAAAUCAUGGAAAAUACCAUUUCUCUGCUUGAUUUGGUUCUUGGCUACAAUCUGCAACAUGUUUGCAGUCAAAAUUUUCCUCAGAGUCAUGAAAUUUGAGUUUGCAUCCACUAUAAUGAUUGUACAAUUGGCCUCUACAUCUCUGUACACCUGGAUAUUCAGCAUUAUUUGGGGUGUGCCAAAAAAUAACAAGGAAGUUUCAAGGCUCACAUAUGUGAAACUUAUUCUUCCUGUGGCAGUUAGCAUUUUUAUCCGGACAAGGAUUAAAAGCUAUUUAAUAUGGACCACCCCUAUUAGCGAUCCUUUCUCUCUUAGUGUUGAUGCACUUUAUCCUCUCUGCAUGCUUCUCUUUGCGAGAAAACUUUUGGCUGAGGAAGAAAACAUCGACUAUGGAUUUGCCUUACUGGUAGCAGUUUUAGGCGGCGGAUUCGUAUUUGGAUUUACUCUGUGGGACUUACAUAGAUUGUGGUUAAUAGAAAUAGUUGCAUUCGCAAUCAUGAUUGCGUUUGAGAUGGUUUUCUCCAAAAAGAUAAUGCAGGAGACCGGUAUACAUCCUACAAAAUUGCUUGCAGGAAUAAGUGCUUUUGUUCUUCUCGGCCUUGUACCAAUAUGGCUUGUUGAAACACAAUGGCUUUUUUAUUUACCAUAUACACCCAAGGUCCUGUGCACCGAAGUAAUUACGGGUCUCUUCGUUUUUGGAGCGCUAACUUUUGUUCAAACUGCUGCUGCGUUUGGCCUUCUUUCGACGUUACCUGUUCACCACUAUCUUAUUGGAAAUGGAUGCAAUCGCAUGAUUCGCAUUGUGACAUUUAUGCUCGUAGCUACGUUUUAUGAAAUUGGAUAUCGAGCAGGGGACUUCGAUUCUUAACGCAUUGACUAACAUGCAAUGUCUCUCGACUGGGAUGACAUCGAUCAUCUGUCAACAACGAAAGGAGUAACAAAAUGUCUGCACAAAAAGCCCAAUAUUUUUCUGCUUCCACACAAACUCUCAGGGAUAGAGAUUACUCAUCAAGAAGAUUUCUGCCGUUUAUAUACGUGCGCUGAAAUUGUUUCUACUUUUGUUCUAAAUAUGGACUUAGGGCCGAAAAGAAGUUGAAUGUUAUAUAGAGUAAAUCUCAAUUAUUCUUGUAUCUCCGAAUUUUUAAAAUCAUUUUACCAUUCCAUAAAAAUAAAUAAUUUCCUAUAAA